AUGCUACGAUCCAUGACAACUCGCCGUGCGUACCAACCAAUAGGCGUGCGUUGUUUGUCCCCAAACUGGUUCCGCAGCAGCAGGAGCAGCGGCAGGGAUACUAGUACGCACGGGCAUCGGUUUCGUUGUCGCAGCACCCCGAGCGGAUUAGGUGCCAAGGGCGAUGAUGGUGGUGGUGCACGAGGAUACGACAAACACGCGAGGGUCAUCGUUGUCGGGGGCUCCGGGCGGGUGGGGGGGAGCACCGUGAGAGCUCUCCGACAGCUUGCAGGGCCGGGCCUCGAGCUCUUGGUUGGUGGACGGAGCCAGCGGAACUUCGUCAAAAGCGUCGAGCGAUGGCGCACGCUGCCAGGAGCAGACGAAGAGUACGACUACUCGGACGUGAAAUUCGUCGAGCUGGACCUCGGCGACGCCGCUUCCCUGGCGAGCGCUCUCGACGGCUGCGACCUGGUAGUGCACACGGCCGGGCCGUUCCAAAGGAAGACAAGGCCGGAGGUGUUGGAGGCUGCGAUAGCGGCAAAGGUGCCCUACGUGGAUGUCUGUGAUGACGCUCGCUUGGCGACGGUGGCUAAAGCGCUCAACGAAAAAGCGCAGGAGGCUGGGGUCUCGGCGACGAUAUCGGCGGGAAUUUGGCCCGGCAUCGAUCAGCUCAUGGCGGUUGAGGCAUGCGAGAUGCUUGGCGGCGCCAGCGAGGUGGAGUCGAUCGACUUUUCGGCGUACACCGCGGGAACAGGGAAUGCGGGCACCACCAUCCUGAGCGCCACGUUUCUCAUCCUAUGCGAGAAGGUUCUCGGCUUUAAGGAUGGCAACGAGAUUUUCCACGAGCCAGCCAGCGGCUUCAAGAAGGUCGACUUCGGGCAGUCUAUCGGAGAAAAGACGCGCGGUAUGUGCACGCCGGCGGCGUGGCUCACGAGCACAAGCGGGCGCUGUCGCUGCGAGCGGCAGGGAUCCGCCGUGGUGCUGGUGGCGUCCUUCACGUGCAACCAAGUUCUCGGCAUUCCCAACAUCAGCACUUACUUCGGCACGUCCCCAGAGCCGUGGAACUACUUGCUGAAGGGGAUGACUCUCCUGCCCGACAGCAUAAUGGGCAACCGUGACCUCAUGCAGGCGCUCGCGGAGUUUUCCGAGCCCCUGGUCCGAAUAACGGACAAGCUGGUUGGAGCAACGAACGCCAUGCGGCUGGAGGCGGUGGCCAAGGACGGUAGAAAGGCUGUUCUCAACUACGCUCACGAAGACCUCGAGGUCUGCGUGGGCAUCGCUACGGCCGCCUUCGUCGUCGCGACCCUCAGGGGAGAUGUGCGGCCCGGGGUGUGGUUUCCCGAGGAAGCUUUCGACGACGAAGCCAAGCGGGGGCUGCUUUUCGACGACGCGACGAGAGGCGCGUUCAUGUGGGAGCGGCAAGAGCAGGGGGCGACGGCGGUGGAGGGAGCUCCGUUGUAG